GCAAAGAGGCCUUUACAAUUAACAGAAGUGAAUACCAAUGCUGUGGAUGAAAAUCAAGCUAUAUUAGAAGAGUUAGCUGAGAAUUAUACUGACGAAGAUAGUUAUUCUGACGAAGAAAAUAAUAUACUAAUUCCUGAGAAUGUUCAAAAUCCAACUCGCGUUAUUGGAAGAGGAAGGCCUCCUAAAAGUCGUUUUAAAAGUAGCGUAGAAAAGAAACAAAACCGGCAGAAAGCUUCUAGAGAGCCUGAAAUAAACGACAAUAGUGACGAAAGAGACUCCAAACUAGACAACACCAACUACGAAAGAAUCCCAGAUAAUAUAUAUAAACAACGUAAGAAUGCUGAAUGGACAACACCAAUGGCAAAAGAGACUCAACAACACCAACGAUGA